AUUUGAACCGGCGAAAAUCUCCAUUUUCCCUUCCCUCAGAAAUCUUCCAUCUCCAACCUCGAUUUCUUCUCUGCAUUUUCCCAUUUUUCCCUUUUCUGCUCUUCCAACCACAAAACCUAGCUAGGGUUCGACCAUUUCUCGGUUUCUCCGCGCAUGGUUCGAGCCAUUUGAAUUCCCACAGCGACCAUGGCGUCAGGAGGCUAUAGAAACGGCACGUCCAAAGCUUCUUUGAAGCUCGACAGGUCCCUUUCUUCAAGUUCCAGCAUCAAGUCGGCUAUAAAAUCCAAGCCUAACCUAGUCUCAACCACUUCGGGGCUCCGCCGUAGCAGCCCGGGCUCGCUCAACGGCACUGCUGCCGCAGCAAAGGAUGAUGCUGGUGUUCCUGGGAGAGUUCGGGUGGCUGUUAGAUUACGACCUCGGAAUGCAGAGGAGCUGGUUGCAGAUGCUGAUUUUGCUGAUUGUGUGGAAUUGCAGCCAGAGCUGAAAAGGUUGAAGCUCCGUAAGAAUAAUUGGGAUUCAGACACCUAUGAGUUCGAUGAAGUUCUAACUGAAUUUGCAUCGCAAAAGCGUGUCUACGAAGUUGUUGCAAAACCUGUUGUUGAGAGUGUUCUGGAGGGUUACAAUGGAACUGUGAUGGCUUAUGGACAGACUGGCACGGGGAAGACUUUCACUCUUGGGCGGCUAGGUGAGGAAGACACCGCUGCCCGUGGAAUUAUGGUGCGCUCAAUGGAGGAUAUUCUUGCAGAUGUUUCUCCAGAUACCGAUUCUGUAUCUGUCUCCUACUUGCAGCUUUAUAUGGAGACCAUCCAAGAUCUCCUUGAUCCUACAAAUGAUAAUAUCUCCAUUGUGGAAGACCCAAAAACUGGAGAUGUUUCACUCCCUGGUGCAACCGUAGUGGGAAUCAGAGAUCAGCAGAGUUUCUUAGAGCUACUACGAAUAGGGGAAGCUCAUCGAUUUGCUGCCAACACGAAGCUGAAUACGGAAUCCUCCCGUAGUCAUGCUAUUCUAAUGGUACAUGUUAGGAGGUCUGUCAAGGGAGGAGAACUAGAAGUAUCUCUUUCAACUGAGAAUGGAAAUGGCUCACACUUGAUCAAACCUCUCAGGCCACCCAUUGUUAGGAGAAGCAAGCUAGUUGUUGUAGAUCUUGCGGGUUCCGAGCGUAUUGAUAAGUCAGGAAGCGAGGGACAUACAUUAGAGGAAGCUAAGUCUAUCAAUCUCUCACUUAGUGCAUUAGGGAAGUGCAUUAAUGCCCUGGCAGAAAACAGUCCUCAUGUGCCAGUUCGUGACUCAAAGCUUACAAGGCUGCUUCGUGAUUCAUUUGGAGGAACUGCAAGGACUUCGCUGGUCGUAACUAUUGGUCCUUCUCCACGUCACCGAGGAGAAACUGCAAGUACCAUAAUGUUUGGACAAAGGGCAAUGAAGGUUGAGAACAUGGUGAAACUAAAGGAAGAAUUUGACUACAAAAGCUUGGCAAGAAGGCUUGACAUACAGUUGGACAAAAUAAUUGCAGAACAUGAAAGACAACAGAAAAUUUUUGAGGAUGAGGUCGAAAAAAUGAGAGUAGAGUCGGAAAAUCGCAUCUCCGAGGCUGAAAGAAACUAUUCACAUGCAUUGGAGAAUGAAAGACUAAAGUACCAAAAAGACUACAUGGAAUCAAUAAAGAAGCUAGAGGAACAGUGGAUUCUGAAUCAGCAAAAGCAUGGAAAUGAUAGAACCAGAGCUGAACCUAAAGAUGAAUGCUUGGAUAAGAUGUGUAGCACAGAGGAGCCGGCGUCAUCUCUCUCAGAGGAAAUAGCUGAGCUCAACCAGUUGCUUCAGAAUGAAAUCCGUUUGAGAAAGGCAGCUGAAGAAGAGGUCAGCAAUCUUAAAAGCCAACUGGUACAGUGGAAAAGGUCAGAGGCAGCUGGAAAUGCUGAGAUUUUAAAACUCCGGAAGAUGCUGGAAGAUGAAGCAUGUCAGAAAGAAAAACUUGAAGAAGAAAUCACAAUACUGAGAAGUCAGUUGUUGCAAUUGAGUUUUCAAGCUGAUGAGACAAGGAGGAGUUUAGACAAAGGCGAUCCUGCAAGAGUCUUUACUGGUUUAGAUUCCCUCAUGAACCAAGUUAGGCAUCUACAACUCAAAGAUUCAGGAAAUGGACAGAAGGUCUCAAUUGCUAAGCUCUUUGAACAAGUGGGUUUGCAAAAGAUCUUGUCAUUGCUUGAAUCAGAAGAUGCUGAUGUUCGAAUUCAUGCGGUGAAAGUGGUUGCUAACCUAGCAGCUGAAGAAGCAAAUCAAGAGAAGAUUGUUGAAGCUGGUGGUCUUACUUCCUUGCUAAUGCUUCUCAGAAGCACAGAGGAUGAGACAAUACGUAGAGUAGCAGCGGGUGCAAUUGCCAACCUUGCAAUGAACGAAACCAACCAGGAGCUGAUUAUGGCUCAAGGGGGCAUUAGUUUGCUGUCAACAACUGCAGCUGAUGCCGAGGAUCCUCAAACUCUUCGAAUGGUUGCUGGAGCCAUUGCUAAUCUCUGUGGCAAUGAUAAGCUACAGAUGAAGCUAAGAGGUGAAGGUGGUAUACAGGCAUUACUAGGAAUGGUUAGAUGUGGGCAUCCGGAUGUUCUUGCUCAAGUUGCUCGUGGCAUAGCAAACUUCGCAAAAUGUGAAUCUAGAGCAUCUAGUCAAGGGACGAAGGUUGGGAAGUCUCUCCUGAUUGAUGACGGAGCAUUGCCUUGGAUUGUACAGAAUGCCAACAAUGAAGCUUCACCAAUCCGACGGCAUAUUGAGCUUGCGCUUUGCCAUUUGGCCCAACAAGAAAUGAAUGCAAGGGACAUGAUUAGUGGGGGUGCCUUAUGGGAGCUGGUUCGCAUCUCCCGGGACUGUUCUCGAGAAGACAUAAGGACCCUUGCACUCAGAACACUGAAUUCCAGCCCCACCUUCCAAACCGAGUUGCGCCGGUUGCGGAUAGAAUGUUGAGGAACUUGUGGCUGAUGCUCAAGUUGCUGGAACAUAUGUGAGAAUGCAUGACAGCUAUGAGUGAGCCAUUUUGAGAUUGAGUGGUCGCCUGCUUGGUUUGGGUGCGCCAUGGGAGCCUUCUGAAGUUUUUGCCAGAAAGGGGUUUUUGAUUGGGUAUGUAAUCCUUAAUUUAGAAGAUGAAUUUGUAUAUCUAACCAUCAUGUGUAUGCCAUAUUUCCUUUUCUUCUCUCCUUUAUUCGUUUUGUUUCCAAGGCAUAAUAGCUUCUUCAAUGAUUUUGGUGUUUAUGGCUCUGUAGAAACUGUUAUCUACAUGCAAUGAGAGAGAUUAUUAUCUAGGUUUGCAGUUUCA